AUGGUACAUCCUGUAAAAACCCGGUCUAAAGCCGUCACUGCACAUAAGCAGAAGGAGCUUAAUUCCGUCGCUUCUGAGCUGUCUGCACGGCAGGAGGAGAGUGAACAUUCUCAUAAACAUUUAAUUGAACUCCGCCGGGAAUUUAAGAAAAAUGUACCUGAGGAAAUCAGAGAGAUGGUGGCUCCUGUAUUAAAAAGCUUCCAAGCUGAGGUGGUGGCUCUUAGUAAGAGAAGUCAGGAGGCUGAAGCUGCUUUCCUGAGUGUUUACAAGCAAUUAAUUGAAGCACCAGACCCUGUGCCUGUGUUUGAGGCGACACGCAGCCCAGACGACAGACUGCAGUCCCCCAGCUUCGACCCCAGCGGGCAGCCGCGGCGAGACCUCCACACUUCGUGGAAGAGACACCCUGAGCUCCUCGGCCCCAAAGAGCAGAGAGAGGGGACAUCACCGGCCGGGCCCACGCUGACCGAGGGGAGCCGCCUCCCAGGCAUUCCCAGCAAAGCUCUCCUGACUGAAACUUUGCUGCAGAGAAAUGAGGCGGAGAAACAAAAGGGCCUUCAAGAAGUACAGAUCACUUUGGCAGCCAGACUGGGGGAGGCCGAGGAGAAGAUCAAGGUGCUACAUUCAGCGUUAAAGGCCACGCAGACAGAGCUGCUGGAGCUGCGGCGGAAAUACGAUGAGGAGGCGGCAUCCAAGGCAGAUGAAGUUGGCCUGAUCAUGACCAACCUGGAGAAAGCUAAUCAGAGAGCCGAGGCUGCCCAGCGGGAGGUGGAAAGUCUUCGGGAACAACUCGCCUCCGUCAACAGCUCCAUCCGCCUGGCCUGCUGCUCCCCACAGGGACCCAGCGGAGAUAAGGUGAACUUCGCGCUGUGUUCAGGCCCGCGGCUGGAGGCUGCCCUGGCCUCCAAGGAUCGGGAGAUCCUGCGGCUGCUGAAGGACGUGCAGCACCUCCAGAACUCUCUGCAGGAGCUGGAGGAGACCUCGGCCAACCAGAUUGCAGACCUGGAGCGGCAGCUCACAGCCAAGUCCGAGGCCAUCGAAAAGCUGGAAGAGAAGCUCCAGGCACAGUCUGACUAUGAGGAAAUUAAAACAGAGCUGAGCAUCCUGAAAGCCAUGAAGCUGGCCUCCAGCACCUGCAGCCUACCCCAGGGCCUAGCCAAGCCCGAAGACUCACUGCUCAUGGCAAAGGAGGCCUUCUUCCCCGCGCAGAAAUUUCUUCUGGAAAAGCCUGGUCUUUUAGCCAGCCCUGAGGAGGACCCUUCGGAGGAUGAUUCCAUCAAGGACUCUCUGGGCACAGAACAGUCCUACCCAUCCCCUCCACAGCUCCCACCACUGCCAGGGCCUGAAGACCCCCUGUCCCCCAGCGCAGGGCAGCCCUUACUGGGCCCCAGCCUGGGCCCCGAUGGCCCUCGGACUUUCUCGCUGUCCCCCUUCCCCAGCCUGGCUUCGGGGGAGAGACUGACAGGGGACGCGCUGCUCUCCAAGCACAUGAUGCCCCCGGCCGCCUUCAAGGGGGAGGCGGGGGGCCUGCUGGUGUUCCCUCCGGCCUUCUACAGCGCCAAGCCCCCCACAGCCCCUGCCACCCCAGCCCCUGGCCCUGAGCCGCCUGGAGGCCCCGAGCCAGCAGAUGGUGGUGGGGGCGGCAUGGCCACGACAGGGGCCGGAGCAGAGGAGGAGCAGCUGGACACAGCAGAGAUCGCGUUCCAGGUGAAGGAGCAGCUGCUCAAACACAACAUCGGGCAGCGGGUGUUCGGCCACUAUGUGCUGGGCCUGUCCCAGGGUUCAGUCAGCGAGAUCCUGGCCCGGCCCAAGCCCUGGCGCAAGCUCACAGUGAAGGGCAAGGAGCCCUUCAUCAAGAUGAAGCAGUUCCUGUCGGAUGAGCAGAACGUGCUGGCUCUGAGGACCAUCCAGGUGCGGCAGCGAGGCAGUAUCACUCCGAGAAUCCGCACACCAGAGACCGGCUCGGACGACGCCAUCAAGAGCAUCCUGGAGCAGGCCAAGAAGGAGAUCGAGUCACAGAAGGGGGGUGAUCCGAAGACUUCAGCGACCCCAUUGAGCAUCUCCAAUGGCACAGCCCCCACCAGCACCUCAGAAGAUGCCAUCAAGAACAUUCUGGAGCAAGCGCGCCGUGAGAUGCAAGCGCAGCAGCAGGCCCUGCUGGAGAUGGAGGCAGGCCCGCGGGGCCGCUCAGUGCCUCCCUCGCCCCCAGAGCGCGGCGCCUCCUUGGCCGCCACGAGCCAGAACGGGGCCCCGACCCACGUCAAGCAGGAGCCCACCGUGCCGCCCCUGACCCCCGAGCAGUACGAGCUCUACAUGUACCGUGAGGUGGACACGCUGGAGCUGACGCGCCAGGUCAAGGAGAAGCUGGCCAAGAACGGAAUCUGCCAGAGGAUCUUCGGGGAGAAGGUGUUGGGCCUGUCCCAGGGCAGCGUGAGUGACAUGCUGUCCCGGCCGAAGCCGUGGAGCAAGCUGACGCAGAAGGGGCGGGAGCCCUUCAUCCGCAUGCAGCUGUGGCUCUCGGACCAGCUUGCCCAGGCCAUCGGCCAGCAGCCCAGCGCCUCCCAGGCCAGUCCCACCGAACCAAGGUCCUCGCCAUCCCCACCCCCUAGCCCCACGGAGCCACCGGAGAAGAGCUCGCAGGAGCCCUUGAGCCUGGCACUGGAGAGCAGCAAGGAGAACCAGCAGCCAGAGGGACGCCCCAGCUCCUCACUGGGUGGAAAGAUAUACUCGAGCAGCCAGACCACAGGGGGCAUCCAGGAGAUUGUGGCCAUGUCCCCCGAACUGGACACAUACUCCAUCACCAAGAGGGUCAAAGAGGUCCUCACAGACAACAACCUAGGGCAGCGGCUGUUCGGGGAGAGCAUCCUGGGGCUGACGCAGGGCUCCGUGUCUGACCUGCUGUCCAGGCCCAAACCCUGGCACAAGUUAAGCCUGAAGGGGCGGGAGCCCUUUGUGCGCAUGCAGCUGUGGCUCAGUGACCCCCACAAUGUGGAGAAGCUGAGGGACAUGAAGAAGCUGGAGAAGAAAGCCUACCUGAAGCGCAGGUACGGCCUCAUCAGCACCGGCUCAGACAGUGAGUCUCCAGCCACCCGCUCCGAGUGCCCCAGCCCUUGCCUGCAGCCCCAGGACCUCAGCCUCCUGCAAAUCAAGAAGCCCCGAGUGGUGCUGGCCCCUGAGAAGAAGGAGGCGCUGAGGAAGGCCUACCAGCUGGAGCCCUACCCCUCCCAGCAGACCAUCGAGCUCCUCUCCUUCCAGCUCAACCUCAAGACCAACACCGUCAUCAACUGGUUCCACAACUACAGGUCCCGGAUGCGCCGGGAGAUGUUGGUGGAAGGGUCCCAAGAGGAACCAGACCUCGAGCCCAGUGGGGGUCCUGGCAUCCUGCCACCAGGCCAUUCCCACCCAGACCCCACCCUGCCGAGCCCUGACUCUGAGGCUGAGGACCAGAAACCUACCGUGAAAGAACUAAAGCUCCAGGAGGGUCCCGAGGAGAGCAUCACACCCCUGACCCCCCAGGACAAGGCUCAAGUGAGGAUUAAGGAGGAACAGACUGAGGAGACUGCCGAGGAGGGGGCAGGCGGCCAGCUCCGGGAUUCAGAGGAGCCAGACGAAGGCCAGGGUUCCUCCACGGAGGUGCAUCCCGACCCUCUGGGUAACGACGGACUCCCAAAAGCAGCCCCAGGGCUGCUCCUUCCCGGCGGGACCACCCCAGCCUGCCCCUCACUGCAGCCCCCCCAGGAGAGCGAGGGUGGGGAGCGGCUCCACCCAGACCCUCUAAGUUUUAAGUCGGCCUCAGAGUCCUCACGCUGCAGCCUAGAAGCGUCACUGAACUCACCCUCGGCUGCCUCCUCGCCGGGCCUCAUGAUGUCUGUGUCCCCAGUCCCCUCCUCCUCAGCUCCCAUCUCCCCCUCCCCACCCGGCGUCCCCCCCAACAAAGUGCCGAGUGCCAGCCCCACUGCCGACACGGCCGGAGCCUUGCACCCCAGCGCCAAGGUGAACCCCAACUUGCAGAGGCGGCACGAGAAGAUGGCCAACCUGAACAGCAUCAUCUACCGGCUGGAGAGGGCUGCCAAUCGGGAGGAGGCUCUGGAGUGGGAGUUCUAAAGGCGGGGGCGCCCUGGGCGGCCACCCUCCCCCUCACACCCCUUUCUCCCAGACGAGGCGACGUAAGGAAAGGAGGAGCUUCACCACCACGACGUGGACAGCACCUUUAGGCCAUCUACAUUUUGCUGUAAUCCUAGUUCUGCGAAGCUGCGAGUGAGCAGGUGGGGCGGGUGCCGCUGCCGCCUCUUUUCAGCAGCCCCGGCCCCAGGGAGCACCCUCUUCUCCACCCGGAUCUCUCCGCAGGAGACAGAAGCGAAGUGGCGCCACAGUUUCACCUGGAAACUCACAACUCUUUUAGAAAAAUAAAUAAAUAUUUAUAGACCUCUUUUAGAUAUUUUAAUAAAGGAUCCUUUGGAAUUUAUUCCCAGCCAAUGCUGUUUUGAUAUUACAGAGAGUUAUAAAAUCAGGACGCUGUCACAACUGUUGCGAAGUAUACACUGAAGUUGUGUCGUUUUUGCCACUAGAUGAGAUUAAAAGAAGACAAUUGUUCAAAGCCAUCACAAAACACUAUAAGACUGACCAAAAUUUAGAUAAACUUUGAUCCGCGGUUUUUUUUCCACGUCUGUCUGUGAGACACAGUGCGUUGCUACCGUCCUUCCAGAAACCGUGCUGAAAAGAGAAAGUCCAAAAGACUCUAAAUGAAAACCCUGAUGCCGUUGAGGAUGUGUUUCAUUCUGGUGGUCUGUUUUGCAACCUUGACAGCACAGAAUGUCCCGUGCCGUUGUAAAUGUUGUAGAGAUGUGGGCUGUGGCCGACCAUCCUAUCCAAGAUGUAACCAAACAAACUGCUUACAUUCCCUCCAGUCAGAAACCCGUGGGCCGUGGAGGCUGGACAUCCAUCUCAUCUAUCUGGAUCCUUUGGAAACCGGGGUAUGGCG